GUUAAAUAAUACUUACAUCAUACAUUUCUUGUGUAAAAAGGGAAAAAUGCCUGUUUUUUUACUUUUGUUAAAUUUUUGAUGUUAAUUGUGAAGAUUUAAUGAUGUUUCAUUCGCGAUCAAUGUUGAGUUAAUAUUCUGGUUACCAUCUUUGUUUGAAAUUUGGCCAAUCUAUGGUUUUGGUGAGGUUAAUUCAUCUACAAGCUUAAUGCCAAGUGGAUCCAUAAACAUAGUGUUUAAUUUUUUUUACCCUGUCCUGCAUACAAUCGUGAAGUACAAUCAUGGUUGGUGUUUACAAUCUUGAUUGAUGAUUACAUAGUACAAUAUGUGGUUACAACCAAAGAAUCAAUUAUGGUAUUAUCAAACCUAGUGUCAAUGGUUAUCAAUUGGUUAAAAUUAAUUGCUUUGAUAGCCUCAGCGAUCUGUUUUGGCUAUGUUUCCAGUCAAAAUUCAUUGUGUCCAUUAUUAUUAAGCAGUGUAUGUCAAUGUGAUGUUAAAAAUUUCAUCACCAACUGUACUGGAUCAAAUAUAACAGAUCUUGCCUGGUUACAUGAUAUUCCCAUUGAAACAAAAACACUGGUUCUUAGUGGCAAUGAUAUUCCGCGUUUACCAAAAGAUGUUUUUGGUUUCAGACGUAAAGAGCCUAAGCCAUUGGAGUAUCUUGAUUUAUCAAACAACAAAAUACAGUUGAUCAAUGGAAAAAGUUUUCGUGGUUUCAGUCUUGUCAAAAAAUUGAUCCUCAACAACAAUCAAAUUCUUAUCACAGGUGACAAUUACCCCAAAGGAUUGUUCAAAGGUUUUCAUGAGCUGACAGAGUUACACUUGGCUUCAUCGUUUGCUGACACUUCUAACCCACAAUUUAUGCCAAACCUGAUAUCUCUUUUAAAGGAAGGAAAUCUAACCAAUUUGAAUAUUCUCAAUCUGGAAUCUAAUGGGAUAACCAAUUUUCCCGACGAGACAGCAUUUUGUACAUUACCAUCUCUUCAAAAAUUAUUUCUCGCUGGUAACUCUCUGGAUCAAGUUCGUGUUAAUUUCACUUGCACGCCGAAACUCAGGACCCUUGAUUUAUCUCAUAAUCUGGUUAAACAUUUAGACAACAUUUCAACCUCUUUUAUAGAUGAUCUUCCCAGAUCUUUUCACAUUAAUCUAACGGGUAACGCAUUUGCCUGUGAUUGUCGCAUGGAUCAUUUUUUAUCAUGGAUCAAAAGAACACCUCUUUUUGUUAUGGGCAAAGACAAUUACAUUUGUCUUUCAGGAUAUCCUGAAGUUAAUGUACAUCGCCGUCUCAUUCAACUAUUACCAGAUGAUCUUGAGUGCGAUCCAGCUUGGAAUAAAUCUUCGACUUUUUCAUUUUACCCUCACAUAAUCCUCGCCAUUCUAACGGUUACAGUAGUUUUACUGCUUGCUCUGGUGCUAUACCAAGUUCGCUCGCAAAUUAUGGAUUUUUUCUUGAGCACUUUAUCAAGCAGUAAAAACAAGAGAUAUUCAGCUCUGCGGAAGGACGAGAAAACUGAGCUAAACUCGGAGAGACGGGUCAUUGAGAUAUCGGUUUAAUUAUAAGGACUCAUACCAUUAAUCAUAAAUUUUAUCCAUCACAUUGAUUUAUUUGUGGUUUGAGCUUUAAAUUUCAUGAAUAUCUUAAAAAUUGGCCUCAGUCAAAGAUAUUUUCAUGCUCAACAAUAUUUUCUAUCUUCAUAAGUCAUCAGUACAAUUAAAUCUCAGAUUAGUUGGAUUUUAUGCUAUUUAUUCAAAUUGUUUA